AUGGCUUCGACCGCACUUGGCGAGCAUUGGGCCAAGUGGUCCCCCCUGCUUGGUCUCAAGUUCAGACUUCCUCUACAGGUCGAGAUCCAAAUCGAAAACCAUUUCGAAGCAAAAGUUUACGCAACAGGCUCAGCAAUCCGGGGCAAAGUGGUCAUCACUCCCCUUCGCGAUGUGGAAUUCGACAAGAUCCAGAUCGACCUACUUGGCAUCUCUAUUACCAGAACAAGUGGUAUACUAAACGACACGCUCCCUACUAAGUUGAUAUUCUUCCAACUAGCCAUGCCAAUCUCCCCCGAGUCUCUUCUCCAAGACAAGCGGCUUUCUGCCCAGGAGACUAUCGAGAUACCAUUCUUUUUCGUUGUGCCCCAGCAGCGCCCCUUGUCUGCUUGCAUCCACGAAACCCAUCUCGAGCUUCCCCCGACAAUAGGGACGUGGGAGAAGACGGAUCAGUCCCCUGAAACCGCCAAAAUCGAGUACUCCAUUCGGUUCCGAGUGACUCCCGCUCGUAAGGAUCUUGAAAAGCUGAAGCCAGUCGAACUUCACCGCUAUGUCAAGUUACUCCCCUCGAUUUUCCAGGAGGAUGCACUCUACACUACAGACCCUACACAAGAAAUCCGACUGGGCCGAUCCUACGAGAAGUCAGACUCGCUGACAAUCGCCGGUAUCCCGCCUAGUCUGGUUUAUCUUUCGUCUGACAACGGUAAAAUCUCCAACCCGAUGAUCACAGCCCAUCUCGAGUUCGUCACCAAGACCAACUCGACCCGCUGUCCUAAAAUCCAGGUAAAGUCGGCCGCGGUCCAGACGAUUACCAGCUACGCCCAAGUUCACCUUGCGCCCACAAGUGGCGAGAAUGGUCGCCAAGCAGCUCCGCUGCCCCAUGUAGUGCUUUGCACCAAGUCGAAGAAGGUCACCGUCGGCCAUUUGCAGCAAUCUGAAUGGCAAAAGGCGGAGACACCCUCCGAUUCGGAAGGCACAAAGUAUCUAUCUACCCUCACCCUCUCCGUCAACAUGCCGAGCCAUGAAAAGACGACAUUUUUACCCAGUUUUGACGCCUGCCUGAUCUCCCGGUCGUACGCCCUUCGCGUGGGACUGGCCGCGCAAUCCGCCGCCGGUUCUGGAUCGACCCUGGAGCUGCCCUUCCAAGUUAUUGUCCGGGAUUUGGCAGCCCCCAAGCUACCGAAAUAUGCGGUGACUAGCCGAGACCAGAACCACACGCAGGACGCGCUGCCGGCAUACAGACAUUCGCCUUUCCUCUAG